AUGACUGUGGUUCAACAAAAGACUGAAUUCCAGAACGAGGAGUAUGAAACUAACUCAACUCAAUCCACCAAGGUGGUGAAAUUUGGUCUUUUCUCCAUUAAUCCAGAAGAAAAAAUCCAUAGAACUUUACCAUUAAGAAUUAUCCAACUUAUUAGUAUUUCUGGUGCUAUUGGUACUGCAGUAUUUAUCAGUAUUGGAAGUGGUUUAAUGAAUGGGGGUCCAUUAUCAUUAUUACUUGCAUUCGGAUUUUGGUCGUUCAUUAUUCUUCUUUUAAAUAACAGUGUUGGAGAAAUGGUAUCUUAUUUACCUAUUGCAUCACCUUUUGUUACAUUAGCUGGAAGAUGUGUUGAUGGUGCUUUGGAAUUUGCUGCUGGUUGGAAUUUUUAUCUUAUGAUUUCCUUAUAUAUUCCUUUUGAAAUCACUGCCGUUAAUGGUAUGAUUCAUUAUUGGAGAAGUGAUUAUAGUGCUGGUAUAACAUUGGGAGUUCAAAUCGUUUUAUAUGCAUUGAUCAAUAUUUUUGCCGUCAGAGUUUAUGGUGAAACUGAAUUUUGGCUUUCAAUCAGUAAAUUAAUCUUGAUUUUUGGUUUAAUGUUUUUCACUCUUAUCACUAUGAGUGGAGGUAAUCCUCAACAUCAUGCAUAUGGAUUUGAAAACUGGGGAGCUGAAGGUGGUCCAAUGGCAGAAUAUAUGAAUAAAGGGGCCUCGGGAAGAUUCCAAGGUCUUAUUUCUGCUAUGAUUACUGCUGCUUUUACUUGUACUGGUCCUGAGUAUCUUGCUAUGACUGCUUCAGAAGCAGAAAAUCCAAGAGUCAAUAUGCCAAAAGCUUUCAAGUCAGUUAUCUACCGUUUGGUAUUUUUCUAUGUCAUUGGUGCUCUUUGUGUUGGUAUCGUUGUUGCUUAUAAUAACGAAAAUUUAAUCAACGCUCCUGCCACUGGUGCUGCUAAGUCUCCUUAUGUGGUGGCCAUGAACAACUUGAACGUUAAAGUAUUACCUGACAUUGUUAAUGCUGUUAUGGUAACUUCAGCUUUCUCUGCCGGUAAUUCAUUCGUUUAUUCAUCAACCAGAACUUUAUAUUCAAUGGCCACUCAAGGUUUUGCUCCAAAGAUUUUCAGUUACUGUACCAAAUCAGGUGUUCCAAUUUUCUGUUUCUUUGCAGCCAUGUGUUUUGCCUUGUUAUCAUUAUUACAAUUAGGUAACAAUUCGGCUACCGUUUUAGGUUACUUUACGAGUGUUUGUACAGGAUCCCAAGUAUUGAAUUACGUUUUUAUGUGUAUAACAUACUUUGGUUUCUACAGAGCCUGUAAUGCUCAAGGUAUUGAUAGAAAUACUUUCAAGUUCAAAUCUUGGGGUCAACCUUAUAGUACCAUUUUCUGUAUUACCUUCUUAAUCAUCAUGGUAGGUAUUAUCGGAUAUACCAAUUUCUUACCUGGAAAUUGGGAUACCAGUUCCUUCAUCAUAAAUUAUAUCAUGGUGUUCAUUAACAUCUUUUUAGUAUUUUUCUGGAAAAUUUUCAAAAAAACAAAAUACGUCAAACCUGAAGAUGCCGACCUUGCUACUGGUUUAGAAGAAAUCGAAGAACAUGAGUAUGAGUAUUAUGCAAAACAAGGAAUUAAAGCUGAAGAAGCAAAGGUUACUAUUAAAAGCAAAAUCCUUCAAUGGAUGUUUUAA